AAGUAGCAGAUCACUGUCGUGGAGAAGUAAGCAGAUAGGCGAAAAUGGAGGAAGGAAGAGGCAGCAAUCCUCAGAAGCCGUCUGCGAUUAUUGUGAAUGUGAAAUUCGCCGGAAGGAAUAUUCCGGUGGAAGUCUCCGCCGACGCGACGGUCAACGAACUUAAGUCUCUACUCCAGCCGCUCACCAAUGUCCUCCCUCGCGGCCAAAAAAUCAUCUCUAAAGGGAAAGUUAUUGGUGAUGAAAUGACACUGAGGUCCUCGGGCAUUGUUAAUGGCUCCAAAAUCAUGCUCAUGGGCUCCCAAGGUCUACACCAAGGGGAUGGGCCAAUUACAAAAGAAGCUUCACCAUUGUCAACUGUGAGAAGGCCACAUGAAUCUCAUAGGCCAAAAAUGGAAAAGUCUCAGGUUUAUGUUAAAAGGAGUGACCAUGAACGACGGUGGCAGGUUACUGGGGUAUUAGGAUUAUCUGAUAGCGGUCUGAAGGCCAUUCCUGAUGAAAUAUGGAACUGUGGACAUUAUGCUAGACUUCUUGAUUUGAAUAACAACUCAGUGAAAGAUGUUCCGGCUAAAAUUAGUCGUUUGGAUUCUCUUACGAAACUGUUCCUUAAUGCGAAUGGCAUUGAGGAUAAAUCUCUUAGCUGGGAAGGGAUAGCGUCUCUGAAACAUUUGGAAAUUCUUUCUUUGAACGAGAACCAAUUAACAAUUAUACCUUCCAACCUCGGUGCAUUGAGAAGCCUGCAGCAGCUUCAUAUUGCAAAUAACAAGUUAACCUCUCUCCCCACUGAGAUAGGCCUUUUGACUGCACUUGAGGUUUUGAAAGCCAAUAAUAACAGAUUAAACACCAUUCCAAAUAGCAUAGGUGGAUGUGCUUCUCUUGUUGAGAUUGAUCUUUCCUGUAAUCUUCUGACUGAGCUGCCUGAUACGCUUGGCACGCUGAAGGAUUUGAAGGCAUUGUAUCUCAGAAACAACGGUCUUACAUCUCUUCCUACUACUAUAUUCAAAUUCUGCACUAAACUCUCAACACUGGAUCUCCAUGCUACUGAAAUAACAGUAGAUCAUCUACGCCAGUUUGAAGGAUGGGAUAGUUUUGAUGAGAGGAGGCGUUUAAAGCAUCAAAAGCAGCUGGAUUUCCGAGUGUCUAGCUCAGGCCAAUUUGAUGAAGGUGCUGACAGAAAAUGAAUAGUGCAAAAAAACUCUUGCAUGAGUUGGCUGUCUGAUGAUAUCUUUGUACAACAUCCAUCACAUUGGCAUUCAUUCCUGACCCGCUAUAGAUACAAGUUCAAUCCCCUUACCCCAACAUUGAUAGCAAUCUGCAAGCUUCUGUUGCACAAGGAGGGCAAAAAUGACAGUAUGUAGCUAUAAUUAAAUGAGCUUAUUGAUUUGUAUUUGCUAUAGAACACCCCAUUCCCCAAAGGAUAGUUGUUGUUAUGAUUUUGUGGUUAGCGGUAUCACUAUAUGACUAGAGUUGACAGGUUUAAUUACAAUUU